UGUAUGUUUAAUGUUCUUGAAAAGAUCAUAUUUGGCGUUUACAGGUCUUAGGCUACUCGCAAUUUCAACAGACAAUCAACAGACACCAUUGAACCGAUUCAGACAGGAUUAAAGGGGUCCUUUGCUAUGGACUGACAUGCUAGGCCGUAGUCAGCGGAAUUCUGCAUAGUUAGAAACUUGAAAACUAUUGAUGGUGACUGUGGCAUACAGAAGAAUUGGCGACAUAAAUAUCUAUUUGACCUGAAUUAAGCCUGUUUCUUGGUGUCUAAGUGGCCUGUUUUUGGUAAAAUGCAAAACUGAACUAAAUGGAAACCAUAUUAGGUCGAAUUAUUAGGUUAGUAAUAUAAAAAUACAUGUGAUUUUACACAAAUCCCUAUGUGUACACGUAUGAGUCAGUUAUGCUUUGAUAAUUAAUUGACUUGAGCACAUGAGCUGGACCUGAGGAUGAAUCGUCCUGUUUCUUUAUCAUUAAUUGACUUGAGCACAUGAGCUGGACCUGAGGAUGAAUCGUCCUGUUUCUUUAUCGCCCUACAGUGGGCUGGAAGUCUGGAGCACGAGUGUCACGUGGUCACCUCACGGCUAGUGUAAACUCAGGCAAUAUCCUUCGCAUACUUAACCAUCAGAGACCGUCUACCCACCAUUCUGACUAAGGUCAUUGACACCAUUCAUCGCAACAAAAACAAGUUUUUUGAAGAAUAUGGCGAGGAGGGUGUUGAGGCGGAGAAGCGUGCGAUCUCGUUCCUCUCUAGGCUGCGUAACGAGAUGCAGACGGAUAAGAAGGUGCUCCCCCUGCUGGACGGGCGGGAGGAUGCGCAGGCCUGGAACAGCUACCUGCAGUACCAGCAGAGCCAGCAGGGGGAGCACUCACCUGUCAGCUGGUUCACCUCCCCAUGGCUCUACGUGGAGUGCUACAUGUACCGGCGCAUACAGGAGGCUCUGUGGCUCAGCCCCCCUGUGAGUGGGUUUGAUGCAUUCUGGGAGAGCAAGACCCAGAGCUACCUGGACUCAGCACCCGCCACCGCCGCCCUCUGCUCUCACCUGCAGCUCGUCAGGAGCACGCUCACACACUCCGCACACGCCCAGCUACUCAAACUACUGCAGGUGUCACUGUGGGGCAAUAAGUGUGACCUGUCCAUCUCGGCGGGGCAGGAGAACUCUCAGAAGGGCAGUCCGCUGGACUCGCUGGACGGGCUGCGGGCGUGCGUGCUGGUGGACCAUUCCGAGCAGGUGUGGUCAGUGCUGGCGGCCGCGUGCGGAGACGGCCGGGGUCAGAGGUCGCCUGUGCGGGUGGACGUCGUCCUGGACAACGCCGGCUUCGAGCUGGUCACCGACCUCGUGCUGGCGGACUUCCUCAUAGCGUCCGGCGUCGCCACGGAGAUCCGUUUCCACGGCAAGUCCUUCCCCUGGUUCGUGUCGGACGUGACGGCGCGGGACUUCGAGUGGACGCUAUCGCAGACCUCCGCGGCCAAUCACAAGCAGAUGUCUGCGUGCGGCGCCCAAUGGCAGCGCUACGUGAAGGAGGGGGCGUGGUCUUACCAGGACCACGCCUUCUGGACCCUUCCGCACGACUUCAGCCAGAUGGCGUCCGUGGCGCCCGACCUCUACGCCGACCUUGCCAGCGCCCGCCUGCUGCUGCUCAAGGGCGACCUCAACUACCGCAAGCUGGUGGGAGACCGUGAUUGGCCACACGCCACGCCCUUCAGCCACGCCCUGCGGGGGUUCCACCCCGCCCCCCUCUGCUCGCUACGCACACUCAAGGCCAACGUGCAGGUGGGGCUGGAGGCGGGCCAGGGGGAGGAGCUUAGUGCAGCCACGCCCACCUGGAUGACAAGUGGCAGCUUUGGCGUCAUCCAGUUCUGCAGCUCCGACCGCGAGCAGUGACUGCACACACACACACACACACACACACACACACACACACACACACACAUACACACACAUACACACACACACACACACACACACACACACACACACACACACACACAUACACACACACACACACACACACACACACACACACACACACACACACACACACACACACACACACACACUACAUAUACACCCAUUGCAUACACAUACUCACACACACGCUCGAGUUCUGCCGCUCCGACCACUAACAGUGACCGCACACGUCUGUGUGUGUGUGUGUGUGUGUGUGAUGUGUGUGUGUGAGUGACACGUCUCAGUCAUGUCAAAAUGCCACAUGUGUUUGCUGCCGUGUGACUCAUGUCUUGAAAUUGUAAUUAAUGUACUUUUGUAUAAAUCAACACUGUUGAGUAUGUUGAAUUAAAUCAAUACACUGUU